AAUACUUGUCACUCACUCCGCUCGAAAGAGACAGCACUAGUAUGCCAUCUAUUAAUUAAUUACUCAACACUAGUGGCGGCCGCUAUAGCAAAGAAACCGUGGUCAAACUAGUUUCAGUUUAGUUUUAUCCGUUGGACGAGAAAGUGUAAAGUGUAAAAUAAUAAGUGUUAUUCGUGCAUGAUUCCCGAUCGGUGCGCUAGUGUCUCGGCGUCGCCAUACAGUGUCGCGUUCAAUGUGUGAGCAAACGAAAUUUAGCUAGAAAACAGUUGGUUAAAUGUGCAAAUUUGAGUCAUACCUGCGGAAAAAGAAACAAAUUCCAAAGCAGCGCAAAGCAAUUGUAAGCCAAGUGGUGAAUAAUGUGUGCAAAACAGAAUUGUAGAUAUAAAUGUAAAUAAAUUAUUAAACAAAUUGCAAUUGGAAAUAAAAGAAAAAUAUAAGAGUAGAGUGCUGAUGAAUUAGCAAAAACCGGAAGUGAUAAAAGUGUUACAAAAAGUUUGCAAACCAAUCGCUGUACAUACAUAAGUGCUUAGAUAUCUAUGUAUGUGUGUCUAUAAUUAGAAAGCAACAACAAAAGAAAGCGUAAAUAAAUUCUUGCAACGAUCUGCGCUAUUGCUAUUUACUUACCUUUGUUGACGUAGGUCAAUAACUUAUUGAGUUGAGUUGAUAUUAAAAAGCAUAAGAAAAUUAAGUGUGAACAAAAAAAUGCGAAGAAAAAUAAGAAACUAAUUAUUUAAGCUAUUCAAAACGAAAACCAAACUAUCAAUUAAUACAACAAUUGAAAUAGUACGUACGAACAAGAUAAGCAUAACAGCAGUACAAUAACAAUUGUUACGGGCAUUUCUAACUAGCCGUAGGCAGAGCAGUGAAAAGUGAAGUCAGCAUACGUAAAGGGCAUCAGCGGCAAGCACAACGAGUUGUUUACACGCACACCUUUGCACAUAUUGCUACUUCCACUUUGUUCGCAUUCUUGAAUUUGCUGUCAGUUGCUACCAAGCCGUAUACACGAACUUGUUGUGAUCGUGUGCCGGCAGAGAGCAGGUUUUCUUAUAGUGGAAGGCAGGAAGAUAUAUAAAAAGUAAUUACAAGCAACAUGCAUACAUAUAUUGCGAUAUAUAUGUAUGUAUGUACUUAUGUGUAUUUGCGCAUAUGUGUAAAUAAAAGAAGUGAGAUAAAGUCAUAGAUCAAAAAAGGGUAACGAGAACAGUGACAGUUGCAAGAGAAAACGAAUUGUGCAGAAACAUUUCAAAGCAGAUUAUAGUAAAUGGAAAAAUAAAAUUAAAUAAAUACUAGUGCAUUUUUCUGUAAUUGCAGUGUGUUUUCGAGUGUAAAAACUGCAACAUAAUAAUUAACCGGUAGUGUUUUACCGCAAUUCUGUGUUUACAAAGUUGUUCAACGACUUUGCAGUAAUUCUCCACUAUUUUUUUUUUUUGGUGAAAUCGUGCCACCGCAAGCAACAAAAAGCGCACGACUUCAAGAAAUCCAAUGCAAAACCACUAAAAACUACACUGCAGCAGUUUCUGUAAUAGCAACAUUAACAGCCAACCAAAAAGUGUAUAUACAAAAAAUAAAACCACCAACAAGAAGCAUUUGCCAAAAGUUCUGACUACGGCAGCACCUACUUUUGGACACUUCAAUUCGAAGCUGCAUAGCCAGCUGCACCUACGUUUGCAAGCCGGAAACGCCAGCGUGCUAAGUAACUUGUGAAAGUCGCCAACUCCUUUGUGCUUUGCUUUUGAGUGUUUGGGUGCAUAUACAUACUUACUUAAUCCUUUCACAUUGUGUCGACUUUUUGUGUUUUCUUGGAAUAUUGAGUCAGAUCUACGUACCUAGCGUUGGUUCAUCUUAGUUGGGUAAUAAAUAAACGACAUCAACAGAACGGAAAUUGUCGCACUUGCAACAUUUGCAGUGGCACAUUUUUUCUCUGCUGACUUCUUCUUCCUGCGGGCAGUGGAUAGCGCUUUUUAAGCAGUAUAUCCACAUAGUAUUUUCUGUCCCCAACUUUUUAAUGGAAUAAUUAUGUCAUGGGAUCGUGUACGCGACGACACUUUAUGCUGUCAACAUGCUUGCUGCAAAUGAUAACAAUCAUCGAACGCCAAGUAUUCGACUUUCUCGGAUAUAUGUGGGCGCCCAUUUUGGUCAACUUCUUUCACAUAAUUUUCAUUAUAUUGGGAUUUUAUGGAGCAUAUCACUUUAGAAUAAAAUACAUAAUAACCUAUUUAAUAUGGAGCUUCAUUUGGAUUGGUUGGAAUGCUUUUCUCAUAUGCUUCUAUCUGAAUGUAGGCAUAUUGGAUCGGGACAGCGACCUGCUAAAUUUGGGCACCGGUAGCGUCUCUUGGUUCGAGGUGAACGGUUAUGGUUGCAAGCCAACAUAUCCAAUCAAUAUCACCUCCGAUGAUCCAUUUCGUCCCAUACGUCCGGAACGUGUGGAUGAUUGUUUAGUAGAUUAUACUAUAGUCGAAAUUGUACAGUCGGGUGUGCAAUGCGCUUUAGCGUUACUUGGUAUUUUAGGCGCCAUAUUAAUAAGCUACAUAUUCCUCGAUGAAGAUGACAGAUUCGAUUUCGUGAAUGGCGACGCCAAGAGUCCCCAGCACACGGUGGUCCAUCCAAUGUACGUGAGCUACAGCAGCAUACCGACCUCGGCUAGCGCUAGCGCUACAUUGCUCUCAAAUAAGCAUCACAACAAUCACCAAGCACUUAACAAUAAUAAUCACCACCAAAUUCAUGCGCAACAACAGCAACUGCAACUGCAGCAGCAACAACUCCACCAUCAUCAGCAACCAAAUAAUUUUAACAGUAACACAUUUCUAAUACACACAAACAGCAUCAGCAACAACAGCCAUAGCCAUAGUCAUAGUCAAAAUCAGAGUCACAGUCACAGCAAUAGUCGCAGCCGCAGCCACAGCCGCAGCAAUAGCCAGAAUGGUGGCAACGGCGGCGGCGGUGGCGUCGGUGGCGCCUCUAAGAAAGGUCGUGGCGGCGAUGGCAACAGCAACUAUCAUAGCGCGAGCAAAAAUAGCACAUUAACCCGAAUACUUUACAGUCCGAAGAGUAGCAAUAAGAUCGGCGCAACGACCGGCAAUACCGUUGUGGUGGCGACAGAGAUGUUACAGCGUCAGCAAUCGUUGCCACAAACGCAUACCGCUAAUAUAAACGGCGCGCAACAUUAUUAUGAUGACAGCACCGCCAAGGCGGAUCAGCUGUAUACGAACAGCAAUCGACGACAGUUCUUGAACGGCACAACAUAUCAACAACAACAACAGCAAGUUGGCACACCGAACUCCUCGACGCACGACAACACGACCUCGUCGCUCUCGUACGCUUCGCUGCAGAAUUCCAAUUUGAAUUUGACACAGAGCUUGCGCGGUGUCGGCGACGGCGGCCCUGGUGUUGGGUUCGGUUAUACAGGCACCGGCGGAGGUAGUGUGGGGGGUAGUCGUAGUGGUGGCGGUGGUGUUGGUCACAUGGGUGACGGUGGCAGGAGUGUGGGUGCGAGUGUGGGCGGUGGUAGUGUCGGCGGUUAUGGACGUGUCACUGGCGUCGGCGGUUGUAUGACGUCCGCCUCAUCGCAGGCCACACUCAGUCCGCUUAGCAAUAGUCAGUUUAGCCUCAGCAAUAGCCUGAAUAAUAAUUAUAGUAAUCAUAGUGGCAACAACAACAACAAUAACAUUCUCCUAAGUAAUCCCACUAACUAUAUGAACAAUAAUAAUAAUAACGGUAGCAUGGGCAGCGGUGUGGGUGGCGGCCAUUUUGCUCGUAUACACGCCAAACCCAAACCACCCAAAUCCACGAGCUACAGCAGUUUCAUUAACAAUGGCAGCGGCGCUGCGAGCCUCAAUGGCAGCAGCGCUGGCACUGGCGGUUCCAUGACUAACGUUCACCGUCCCGAUAUCAAAUAUACACAAAUGUCCAACGAGCGUUUGUCGCGUAACCUAGAAGAGGGCCUAGAAGAUGAUAACUUUUCGCUGCAGAAUUUCAAAACCGAUGAUGGCGUCACUUAUGUGCCCUUCCAGAAGCCAACACCGGGCGCGCUCUUUGUCGGGCAGAAUAAUAAUCCUUCAUAUGUGUCGUUGAACUCGUACGCCGGCGCACAUAUGUCUCCUAACAACAACAACAACAACAACAAUGCUAGUCCAAAUACCAUAAAUAAUAAUGCGCUGCCACAGUUUGCGCGCAGCAUUUCACAGUUAGCACCACCACCGCCGCUGCCGGAGAACGGUGGUGGUGGUGAGAUACUUCUGGAGCGCGGCGCGGUGCUGCAACCUGCCUAUAAUUAUCCGCCGCCGCAAGCGCAGCAACAAAUGCUGAUGCAUUCAACGGGUGUACCACACAUCCAGCAACAACAACAACAACUACAGAAAACCGCGCAGUCGCAACAUUCGCCACAGCCACUAUUGAACCCUGCCAAUCGUUUUCUCUAUCAACAGAACGGCCUACCAUUCCAUCCAGCCUACAAUAAGCCCAUACCAGUGCCACCACCGGUACCCACACAUACGUCGCCGCCCAUGUCUGCGCUAUAUCAGUCACACCUUAUAAGCCCCGUUGCCAAACAGCCGCCACGACCGACAAACAUUCCAUUACCCACCAUACCGGCUCACUCAUUUGACACACCUAUUUCACCCUCAGAGGUUACGCCUCCACCACCUCCUGCGCCACGUCCACACAUUUUCCAACCACGUUCCGGUCAUGCGCCAUAUCCGGACCUCUCACCGGAGGUGACCGAAAAAUACGCCAUGCCCACACAGUAUGUACCGCGUUCGCCGGUCGCUUCGCGUAUUGCGCGCCGUCAACGUCAACAACAACAGCAACAAUCGCAUAAUUACCACCACCAUCAGCCAGCGCAGCCGGCCUCGCAUCACGUAAAUACAUCGGCGAACUUUUGCGAUCAAGUGCGUGACGCACCGCCCGGCUACAUAGUGGACGCAGGCUUCAGCAUUGUGCGCGCCAAGAGUUAUGAUCGUUUGGCCUCCGUGUCAUCCACAAACGGUUCGAUGCGUCGUGAGACUAAAGCUAUUGACGCGCAGUCACAGCAGCCACAGGUGCAAGUUAAUGCCGAAGCUGCGCCGCAUGUAAAUCGACGUAGUGGUCGGCGUGAUGCCGCCGGUCGUGUGCGCCCACGUUCCUAUUGCAAUUCAAUGUCGGGUGGUGAGGGCGUAAUACGCGGUAGCUUAGUUUAUGAGCGAGACUUUGCGGUCCAAAGUGGGGUUGUUGCCACUAGUGAAGCUGAAGGUGGUGGCAGCGGCGGCGUUAGUGGUGGUAGUGGCGUAGGUGAGGGCGGUGGGAAUAGUGGCGGUGAUCAGUUGUCAUAGGCAGAGGCUGGGAAAGUGAGUAGUACAGUGUUGGAUACACAAAAGGUACGAAGUCUUAAUGAUCGUACGCGUUAUUGAGUUAGAGAGAGGUAGCUUUUCUAGACAGGACCCUUGACAAAAUAAUAGUUUGCUAUGCGUAGCUUAAAUGUAAUGUUGAAGGUGCAAGAAUUUUGAAAUCUAAUGAAGAUGUUUGCAGAGUUACUUAUAUGAGUCAUAGGAAGCUUUCGAAGAUUUGAGUUAACUCAUAUCUAAUUAAAAAGACUUAAAAUAGAAACCGGAGAUUAAAAUUUUAAAUGAUAUAUUUGUAAGUUGGAUUAGACUCAAAAAGCAUCAAUAUUUUAGUAUUCGAUGAAUGAAAAGUUUAAUGCGACGAUUAGUCAGCUGACAGUUACUCCCUCUAGAGAUUACUUUACUUACUAGUUAUGUUAGACCUAAGCUCUAAGAGGACUAGUAGUCAAGAGAGCUGACCUCUUUUGAGAAAAUAUAUUUGAAUGAAAGUCUCUGUAGGUCUCAAAAUUAGAGCAGGUCUACAUAUGAGCCAGACACUUUUCACUUUCCAAAACCGUUUCAUAUUGCACUUACUGCCUCUCCAAAGUCACUGAGAACUGCCACUAUUUGUGAGAAACUUUUACAACUUUUUAAAGCUUUCAUUUCAUUUAAAUAUUUUUGCCUUCUUAUUGCGAUGCUUUCAUCCUUCCAAUUCAAUUUCAUUACAAUUUUCUCUCUCUCUCUCUUUCAUUUCUCUCAUUCAAUCGCUCAGCUCAUGCUCAUAAAUUCGAUUUGGUCCUCAUUCCCAUGUCAUACGAUCAAAUUUUGAUUUGCAUUUUACUCUGUUUUUACUUUUAUUUAAAGAAAAAUAAUUUCCAUUUUCUAGACUGGUAGACUACGAUUGCUGAGUUGAUUUAUUGUUCUCAUAUGCAACACUUUAAUGGUUAAAUGGUUGUUAAAGCUUCUAUCAAACACACACACUCACUCUCUGCUGCUAAAAUGCGUGCUUUCGCACACAUACUCAGCGUGCGCUCUCAAACAUACAGGCUCUCUUUCACACUCACUCAAAUAAAACGCUAUCGUAACUAAGCAUGCCUGCGCUCUUAUCGCUCUCACUCUGCGUUAUUGUUGUUGCGCGAAUGUAGCGUAUAUACAGCAAUGUUGCAUGCGCUGAUGUUGCUGUUGCUAUUAAAUCGAUGUUGCCGCAAAUGUUGCUAAGUGCAAAGAAAUCGCAUUGCCAAGCGGCUACCCAGAAAAAAUGUAUGUAAAUGCCAUGCGAAUUUUAUAAUGAAAUAGAGAAAUUAUUCGAUUGAAUACUUUUUCUAAUGGCAUGACAAUGUUUGUAAAAAAA